UUCCCAUACCCUCUUUGUCUCUUUCUUUAAAUUCAACUCCCUCUAUUCUGCAACAAUGUCCGGCGCAAAAGUCUAUGUUGGCAAUCUUUCGUGGAACACCACGGAUGACACUCUUCGCGACGCUUUUAUGCAAUUUGGUCAAGUACUCGACAGCAUCGUCAUGAAAGAUCGUGAGACCGGCCGUUCUCGUGGAUUUGGUUUUGUCACCUUCAGUACUGCUGAGGAAGCUGAGAUCUCCAUUCAACAAAUGAACGAGCAACCGCUUGAUGGUCGUAACAUCCGAGUCAACAUGGCAAAUGCUAAACCCGCCGGCGGUGGUGGUGGCGGCUUCGGUGGUGGUGGUGGCGGCGGUUACGGUGGUGGCGGAUACAACUCUGGCUAUGGCGGUGGUGGUGAAGGAGGUCAAGGUGGCUACGGAGGUGGUGGUGGCCGAGGAGGUUAUGGAGGCGGUGGUGGCUACGGUGGCGGUGGUCAAGGUGGAUAUGGCGGCGGUGGCUAUGGUGGCCAGCAAGGUGGUGGCGGCUACUCUGGCGGCUACGGCGGUCAAGGUGGCUAUAGUGGCGGUGCCAGUGGCGGCUACGGUGGUCAACAAGGUUAUGGCGGCCAACAAAGCUACGGCGGUGGCCAGGGUAAUUACGGCGCUGCUCCUGCUGCCCAAGGCUCAGGCGACUACGCCCAAGGUGGAGCUCAAAGCAACCAAUACGGCUCUGGUUCCGGCCAGUACUAAGCCAUUCCUUCCACUUUCCGUGUAACCAAAGCCCCUCUCCUUCCCCCCCUUUUUCCCAUCUUGCGACAAAAAUAAUCCCACCCGAAUCGACGAGACCGACGGCCUGAGCAUUAUUCAUCUUUUCAUUCGUUGUGGGAACAAUGAGGCGCCUUCGUAAAUCUGCUAGUGUGAAUGAAUCCGUUUGACCGUUG